AUGCAACAACAAGGCUUUUCACCAUCAUCAAACACCAACAGAAGAAGCACAACAACAAGCAAUAACGGAAGUAGUGCCAUGAAUAAUAACAACAACAAUGGAGGAGGAAAAUUAAUGGCACAGAUGGGACUCUCCGAAUUUGCCAAACUAUCUGGUGAUAUGAGAGCAAGCUUGGGUCUCUUGGUAGAGAAUGGUAUUUGCAAAGUGAAUGGCAAUGCCUCUCUUAUAGUAAUGCCUUCCACUCCAAAUUAUGAUUAUAAGAGUGCUGGGGCUGAUUUGUUGAAUCCAUUGCCAGCCUCUGCGAAGGAUAUCUAUCUACGUAAUCAUGGAAACUCUUCAAAUCCUUCUUCAGCAUCAUCGAAUCCCAAUAGAAAUACAAACAAGUUGGAUGAUGAAUUCUUUGCUGAUAAUUGGUACUUUGUAGAAUUACAUCAGUCUAUUUUGCAGGAAUCCACCCAUAGCAAUGAACGUUAUUCCAACUUGUAG